CCAAGACUCAUUAUCGUUGCUUCAACAGACAAAGUUCUAACUAGCAGCGACCGGCACCCCAAAUCAUCGCCACGACGCAUUAGAGCAAUGAACUUGAACGAAAAGCUCCCUGGUGUUGGUUCUGGCUAUGGCGAGGUGCCCGACAUCAAGACCCUUCGAAAUAGCAUCCCAGCACACUGCUUCAAGCCUUCCACGUCAAGGUCUCUUGCCUAUCUAGUCCGCGACUUUAUAAUGGCUGGUGCUCUUCUCGUGGCCGCCACUCGUUUGAUACCAACCAUUCCCUUUCCUAUCAUCCGCGCAACGACUUGGGUACUGUACGGAUUCUCCCAAGGCCUGAUUGGAACAGGGCUAUGGAUCCUCGCCCAUGAGGCUGGACACGGUGCGUUCUCAAAAUAUUCCCGCCUCAACGACUUAGUGGGCUGGAUCACCCACUCGGUAUUGCUGGUGCCGUAUUUCUCGUGGAAAUUCUCGCACCACCGGCAUCACCUGUUCGCUGGCCAUUUAGAUAAAGACAUGGCCUUCGUACCCGAGAUUCGCAGCGGUGACUCCCACCAGGCACAUGUGUCGGUCAUAGACUGGGAUCUGCUCGAAGAUAUACCAAUCGUGCAGUUUGUCCGUCUCGUUGUCCACCAGUUAUUCGGGUGGCCACUAUAUCUAUUUUUCAACAUGUCCGCUGGGAAGGGUAGCCUGCAAAGGCCGACAAGUAAUGUAUUCCGUCAAAGCCAUUUUGACCCUUACAGUGCGGUGUUUCGCCAGAGCGAGGCCAUCUAUGUGAUCUUCUCUGACAUAGGGGUUGGGCUCAUGCUUGCGAUCCUCUAUUGGUCAUGGGCGAAAGUGGGUUUCCUCACUCUCAUCCUAGUAUACGGCCAGCCAUAUCUUUGGGUUCAUCACUGGUUGAUCGCCAUAACAUAUCUGCAUCACACGCACGUGGAUGUUCCCCAUUUCAGCGCCGACGGCUGGACGUUUGUCAAGGGGGCUUUGGCAACGGUCGACAGAGAUUUCGGGUUCAUUGGGCGCCACCUCUUUCAUGGAAUCAUCGAAUACCAUGUAGUCCACCACCUUUUCCCCCGCAUCCCAUUCUACCACUGCGAAGAAGCAACUGAGGCAAUAAGGCCCUUGCUGGGACAACUCUACCGGCGAGACAACUCCCCUUUCCUCCGGCAACUCUGGACAACGUUCAACUCAUGCAAGUUUGUGGAGGAUGACGCGGAGGAACCCGGAGUGGCAAAGUGGGCCACAGAGGGGUGA